AUGACUAACUGUAAAGGAAGAUCUACCACUACCAAAAUAAAUGGUAAUGGUAAAGCUUAUGAUGGAGAAAGUUUUGUAAAUUGGACUAUAAAUCUAAAUACAAUUCAGUCUGACAAGUUUCUCAACCUGCUGUUGAGUAUGGUUCCAAUUGUUUACCACAAAAAGCAGGAAGAACGACAUAAAAAAGUGAAUGGUGUCUGGCAAGAUGGAUUACAACACACAGGACACAACUUUAAUGUUAGAUCGGAUCAACACACGGAGUACCAUCACUUCUCAGAACCAGCUUUUCAUGGUAGUAAUGGACACAGUCCAUCUAGCUGUAGUCCAAAGUAUGAUGACUUUGCCAGUUAUAAUUAUUGUGAUGGGAUGGACACGUCAGAAACAGAUGCCAUAUUGCAGGAUGACAACUUGUCUAGUGAUGGUGAUGAAGAUGCCAUUGUGGAAAGGAGCAGAAAGCAGCCAAAGGAGUCCAGUAGUAUUAUGGCAUUACAGAUUCUUGUACCAUUUUUGUUAGCAGGAUUUGGAACUGUUUCUGCUGGUAUGGUUUUGGAUAUUGUGCAGCAUUGGGAAGUGUUCAGAAAUGUUACUGAAGUUUUUAUCUUGGUUCCUGCACUACUUGGUCUCAAAGGUAAUUUGGAAAUGACCUUGGCAUCUAGACUAUCAACUGCAGUAAAUGUUGGGAAAAUGGAUUCUCCCAUUGAGAAGUGGAACCUAAUAAUUGGCAAUUUGGCCUUAAAACAGGUCCAGGCAACGGUAGUUGGUUUUCUAGCAGCAGUGGCAGCAGUCACACUGGGCUGGAUUCCAGAAGGCAAAUAUCGCCUUGAUCAUUCAAUCCUUUUGUGUUCUAGCAGUGUAGCAACUGCCUUCAUAGCAUCUCUUCUACAGGGGAUAAUAAUGGUUGGAGUUAUUGUUGGAUCAAAGAAGACUGGCAUAAAUCCUGACAAUGUUGCCACACCUAUUGCAGCGAGUUUUGGAGACCUUAUCACUCUUGCUAUACUAGCUUGGAUAAGUCAGGGUCUUUAUAAUUGCCUUGAGACAUACUACUAUAUAUCUCCUUUAGUUGGUGCCUUUUUCUUGGCUCUGACUCCUAUGUGGAUUGUAAUAGCUGCCAAAUAUCCAGCUACAAGAACUGUUCUCUAUUCAGGGUGGGAGCCUGUUAUAACUGCUAUGCUUAUAAGCAGCAUUGGUGGCCUUAUUCUGGACACAACUGUUUCUGAUCCUAAUUUGGUUGGGAUUGUUGUGUAUACUCCAGUAAUCAAUGGUAUUGGUGGUAAUUUAGUGGCAAUUCAAGCUAGCAGAAUUUCUACCUAUCUCCAUUUACAUAGCAUUCCUGGAGAGUUGCCAGAAGAAGCAAAGGGUUGCUAUUACCCAUGCAGAACCUAUUAUGGUACAGGAGUAAAUAACAAAUCAGCCCAAGUUCUUCUCCUUUUGGUGAUUCCUGGGCAUUUAAUUUUCUUGUACACCAUCCAUUUAAUGAAAAGUGGUCAUACCUCUUUGACUCCAAUUUUUAUAGCAGUAUAUUUGUUUGCAGCCCUGCUACAGGUGUUUACUUUGUUAUGGAUUGCUGACUGGAUGGUGCACCACUUCUGGAAAAAAGGAAAAGAUCCUGACAGUUUUUCUAUCCCUUACCUUACUGCGUUGGGAGAUCUGCUUGGAACUGCCUUAUUAGCUAUGAGUUUUCACUUUCUGUGGCGCAUUGGUGAUAGAGAUGGGGAUGUUGGAGACUAA